AUGGGGUCGCAAAGCGGGAAAGCGUCUUUACUGACGUCCAGUCGGCACCGCGGGGUGUGUGAUUUGUGUGGCACGAAAGGGACGUGUAAGUCGUCACUGCAAACGGGAAGCAGCCGCGUCCUCAAGGAAUGUAGCCGCUGCCAUCUUCGCUGCUGCAGUGAGUGCUACGUGUGGCGCCGCUACGGGUCUAGUUUUUCGACCUACUAUGACGAGGAGAACGCUGUUGCCGAGUUUGCGCCAGUGUGUCAGCGAUGCGUAGCAGGGCUGAGUCUGGUCUCCAACGCACCGCGGCUUGUUUGGAAUAAGAUUCUUGAAUACUGUGACGCCACGGAAAAGCAUCAUCUGCUGCAGCUAUGCCACGCCACGCAGAUGGGCGUUGUGCUGCCGUACCCUCACACGCGGUACGGGUGGAGCACUUUUUUCGAAGGUAGGCAUUUCAUCUCUAAAGGUGCCAACGGUGAGGUUUAUCACACGGUGGUGCGUCGCGACAUUACGAAGGAGCUCGCGCGGUCUCUAAUUGAUGCGCUGGAUGCAAAGGUGCUAGCCGAUCUUGCUGGUCGCGCGGUGGCGGUGAAGGCGAUUCGGAAGUCGACUGUUUUCUCCUUGAGGAGGUGGAAGCACAUUCAACGGGAGGUGGACACGCUACGUAGAUGCUCCCAUCGUCACGUCGUUCAGCUGCACUUCGUCGCGCAGGGCCCCAGUGAGGUCUACAUUGUACUUCAGUACGUGGCGGGUGGCGACUUGUUUGACUGGCUGGUUCGUCAACAGAUCCCAAUGGAGUAUGAUGUGGUCGUCAUCGCGCGGCAACUUCUUGAAACCCUUCACUUUAUGCACGAGGUGUGCGGCGUUGUGCAUCGCGAUAUCAAGCCGGAGAACAUUCUGCUGCAACCCGUUGCAAAUCCAGGUGUACAGAGGCAGGGAGGUGGAUCUCUCGGUGCAGACGAUGGGUGCUCCACGGAGCAUACCAACUCAUCAGAUGAUUUGUACAUACGCCUUGCUGACUUCGGGUACGCGAAGCUGCUUCCGCAAAACGAGCCCGGAGAUGGGACCCUGUCGCCAGCACGAAUCUCGCGCCCCCCUUUGCCGCCUGUGCCCGCGGAUUCCACCGGUAUUGCGGGACCUAGGGAGGAAAACGUGCAGCGCACCGAGCCUUGUGCGAAGGCUUGCAAUGGGUUCCUCAUUUCCUCCACUCCGUGUGGAACACUCGGCUUUGCUGCCCCUGAGAUCCUCUCCGCCUACAACGCGCGGAAGAACGCUUUGCAGCGCCCACGUUCAAGCCGGCAAGCUGCCGAGCAGCUCGGAGACGCGGGCAAGCCGCGAACGCCGGUAGAUUUAGUGAAGCGUAUGGACAUCUUUGCGGCUGGUGUGACUAUAUGCAUCCUCCUGACGGGGUGCGAACCGUUUCCGUGUCGGUCGUCGAAGGAGCAUAUUGAGGCUGUGCACGAAGGUCUGGACUUUAGCGGACCUCAGUGGAACUACGUUUCUCAGCCGGCCAAGAACUUACUACGUCGCAUGCUUGCGCCAAAGGCAGUGGAUCGUCCCUCAGCCUUUGAGUGCCUCAACUCUUCAUGGAUGAAGCACCAGGGCCCGUACACUGACGCUACCUCAGAGGCGGAGGACGACGACGAGAAUGCGCGUGAGAAGGGCAUCAAUCGCAGCGCGUCCAUGUGGCAGCUGGUCUCUACCUCGUUCCAGAAUUCUGUCCACUCGCUGCGCAAGAACGAGGGGUGGCUAUUUGUGCAGGAUGCACAGGGACUCGUGACGACGAUUCCACGUCAGCUUGUAAACGGUAAAGAAGAUGGCGAGUCCUUUUCCGAGGCGCUUCAUUCCUCCAAUGGUCGCGAACAGGCCUCCACUGUCUACUAG